AGUCCAUCCAUCCACAAAGUGCACGGGCAAUCGCGUCAUGCUCGGCACAGCACUGGCGAUGGCCGCAUGCCGUGGGUCCCAAAGGCUCUUUAGCACAAAACGUCUAGUUCAGAAGGGCGUUGUAUCACCCCAUCUCGUCGUCCCGGCGCACAUUCCUCGACCGCCGUACACAACGAGUGCAGAAAUGCCGCCGUUCCCACCUUUUAUUCCCAUCCUCGACAAUGACGAUCAACUGCGGCUACGAGAAGCUUGUGCGCUAGCACGAGACAUUGUGCAGUUUGCUGGCUCGCUUGUAGAGGUUGGUCGCACCACGGACGACAUCGACCGCGUGGUCCACGAAGAAAUCUGCCGACGCGGGGCGUACCCGUCGCCGCUUCUCUACGGCGGCUUUCCCAAGUCGAUUUGCACUUCCGUGAACGAGAUUGUUGUCCAUGGUAUUCCAGACAGCCGACCUCUCGAAGACGGCGACCUCGUCAACAUUGACGUAUCUGUUUUCUUGAACGGAUUCCACGGCGAUACAUCGUACACGUAUCAAGUGGGGUCGGUUGAUGCUGCUGGCCAAGCGUUGAUCGCCGCAACCAAGCGUGCCCUCGACGAAUCGAUUUCAGUUUGCAAGGCUGGCGUUCCAUUCCACGCGAUCGGGGCCAAGGUCCAUGAAGUUGCCACGUCUACGUCGCACGGCAUCAUCCACGAAUUUUGUGGCCAUGGCAUUGGUCGGACGUUUCACGCGCUGCCGCUGAUUCUCCACUUCCCCAACGCGGAACGCGGUGAGAUGCUGCCUGGCAUGGCGUUUACGAUCGAGCCUGCAUUGUGCGAAGGCCAGAACGAGAUCGUAUACUGGGACGACGAGUGGACCGUCGCAACCGCGGACGGCAAGAGAUCGGCCCAGUUUGAGCACACGAUUCUCGUGACCGACGACGGCGGCUUCGACAUCUUGACCUUAUAAUGCAUGCCAAAUAAUCUACGAUAAGAGAUCGCAAUGGCGACUUUAACGUGGCA